GAGGCCAGGGGAGCUACGUGGGCAGCCGGAUGCCCCUCUGAAGACCCAAGAGCGGCACUGCCAGGGCCGGGGGAAGAGCGUUGCUCCCCAGAAACCGUCCGUAGAACGGUCUCCUUGUCCGACCACCUCUGUAGCAUGGCCGGGCCUGAAUCCAGUCCAGUUUGUCCCUCUGUCUUUUGGGAACGCAGCCGGUCUCUUAGCGGGCUGCAGCCGGUCUCUUAGCGGGCUGCGUGACGAAAGCUGUGAUGUGGCUGAUUGGCUUGGGUACCGUGUGUGGGUUCUUAAUCUGGGUUUGGGGAUCAGCACGUCACAGGAACCCGGUCUUUGAGCCAAGGAGGCUGGAGAAGGAGAAAGCCCACUAGGGACGUGAGGGGACAGAGCCCUCCGGAAAGGCUUCCCCUACCGAAUUCAGUGCCACAAGAGGGAGCGGCGGAUUCCUUUAGGAGGGACGUGAUAAAAUGCUGGCGGAGGACGGGCUGCUAGCGCCUUCUAGCCAAAGCUUUGGGCGGGGGAGCGUUUGCUUCUGAAUCCCAUCUCACUCAAGUGCUCCUGGAAGGGAGCCGGGGGUGGGCGGCCAGACCAGGCAGGCCUGGGGUCUGAGGCUGUGUGGCUCCUCUGAGGUGCUCAGUCCACCUGUGUCGUGCGCUUAGGAUUCGAGCCUCCCUGUGGGAGUUUUUGUCUGGGAGGUGGAGAAUGAGAGCGCAGAGGAGGUGGAGGUCUCCAUCAUGUUCACCUUCCAAAACGGCAUGGAGACCAAGGAGGACCGGCGAGGCGGGCACUGGAAUGAGCCCUUCAGCCUGGAGAAGGAGGGCUGCUGCGUCCGUGGCGUGAUGCUGCACCACGUUACUCCUGUGAACCCCUAUACCCUGGCCAUCUCUGCCCGGGAAAAGGCAGGCGUCACCGUUACCCAUUUCACAGCCUUCAACCCUGCUGGCACGGGACAGGAGGUUUGGCAGGAUCUCCUGGCAGAUGGCCGGCUGGCAUCUCCUCCAGGUCAGAGUCCCCCCACAGAGAAGGGGGAGGCUUGUGCAGCAGCAGUUUGUGCCACACGCGUGGUGGCAGGCCAUGGUCACGGAGUGCUGGAGCUGGGCCUGGCCUGGGACAUGCCUUGCAUUCGCUUUGGAUCUAGGGAGAAGGAGCAUCAUCGGUGGUACACGCGCUUCUUUGGCAGGGACGGGGAUGCCUGUCCAGCGCUCUCCCAUCAUCUGCUCAGCCGCUACAAGGAGUGGGAGGAGAGGAUCGAGGCCUGGCAGGAGCCCAUCUUGGGGAACAGCGACCUGCCCCCUUGGUACAAGUCAGCCCUCUUCAACGAGCUGUAUUUCCUGGCUGACGGAGGCACCCUGUGGGUGGAACUGUUGCCCGAGGACAGGGCUGCGCUGCACGGCGCCCAGGGCCUCUCCCAGCUGCUUCCGGUCUUGCAAGAGUAUGGGAGGUUUGCUUAUCUGGAAGGCCAGGAGUACCGGAUGUACAAUACUUACGACGUCCAUUUCUACGCCUCCUUUGCUCUUGCCAUGCUGUGGCCCAAGCUGGAGCUUAGCCUGCAGUAUGACAUGGCUGCCGCUGUGCUGAACGAGGAUGCGCGCACUCGGCAGUACCUCAUGAGCGGGCAGAUGGCCCCGGUGAAGCUGCGCAACGUGGUUCCGCAUGACGUCGGAGAGCCAGACGAUGAGCCCUGGCAGCGGGUCAACGCCUACCUGAUACACGACACGGCUGCCUGGAAGGACCUCAACCUGAAGUUUGUGCUGCAGGUCUACCGGGACUACUACCUCAUGCAGGAGACGGCCUUCUUGCGGGACAUGUGGCCUGUCUGCCAGGCCGUGAUGGACUCGGAACUGAAGUUCGACACCGACGGCGACGGCCUCAUUGAGAACUCAGGCUUUGCUGACCAAACGUACGACGCCUGGGUGGCGACCGGGGCCAGCGCCUACUGUGGCGGCCUCUGGCUGGCGGCCGUUUGCAUGAUGUGCCGCAUGGCCGAGGUCUUGAGGGACGGGGAGGCCUUGGAGAGAUACUCAGCUAUCCUGGCCAAGGGCGCUGCGGCGUUUGAGAGGCUGCUCUGGAACGGGAAAUACUACAACUACGACAGCGGCCGCAGCCCUUCUUCGGACAGCAUCAUGUCGGACCAGCUGGCCGGGCAGUGGUUCCUGCGGGCAUGUGGGCUGGGCGAAGGGCGGUCCGAGGUGUUCCCCCGCAGCCACGUGCUCAGUGCCUUGAAGACCAUCUUCGAGCUGAACGUGCUGGGCUUUUCGGGAGGGGCCAUGGGGGCCGUGAAUGGCAUGCGCCCCUCAGGGCUGCCGGACACCUCCAGCUUGCAGUCGGACGAGGUGUGGGUCGGCGUGGUGUACGCCCUGGCUGCCACCAUGAUCCAGGAGGGUCUCGUGCAAGAGGGCUUCCGCACCGCCGAAGGUUGCUACCGGACCGUUUGGGAGCGGCUGGGGAUGGCUUUCCAGACCCCCGAGGCGUACUGCGAGAGGAGGGUCUUCCGCUCACUGGCCUACAUGCGCCCCCUCAGCGUCUGGAGUAUGCAGCUGGCCUUGGAGCAGCGGGUGGCACAAGGGCACCCCAUCCCAGCUCAGCCUGUGGCCAGUUCGGUUCACCCCUGAGCCAGGGAGAGGCGGUCAGGUGCUUUGCUGCCCCUGGCCUCGGAGGUCGUCUCCACGUUGCCGUCUUGCGCUGGAGCUGGUCCGUGGGUGCCAUCCGGUCUGCUCCUGGCGGGUGUGAAGGAAGCCUCCCUUGCCCCCUCUGCCUGGCACAGCGGUGCUGCCUUCUCUUGGCUGCCCUCAGGCCAGAGCUGAGCUCUUUUUGCAAGGGGGGCAGCUUAUGAUGAGCUUGGAAGUCUCAACAUUCUUCCGUUUUCAACAAACGCCUCUUUUUUGAUUUGCACACAAUCAAGUUCUAUAUAAUCUGGAGUUAUUUUUAGAUGCUGAAUAAUUUUAAUUUAAAAUAAAUGGAACUCAGCAA